GGGCGGCUGCACAGUCUCCGGGAUCCCCAGGCCUGGAGGGGGGUCUGCGCGCGGCCGGCUGGCUCUGCCUCCCUGUCCGGUCCCGAGCGGGCCUCCCUCGGGCCAGCCCGAUGUGACCGGGUCCAGCAGAGCCUGAGCAAGGAGCGGGUCCGUCGCGGAGCCGGAGGGCGGGAGGAACAUGACAUCGCGGAGAUGGUUUCACCCAAACAUCACUGGCGUGGAGGCCGAAAACCUGCUGUUGACAAGAGGCGUUGAUGGCAGUUUUUUAGCGAGGCCCAGUAAAAGCAACCCUGGAGACUUCACCCUUUCCGUCAGAAGAAAUGGCGCCGUCACCCACAUCAAGAUUCAGAACACUGGUGAUUACUAUGACCUGUACGGAGGAGAGAAGUUUGCCACUUUGGCUGAGUUGGUCCAGUAUUAUAUGGAACAUCACGGGCAAUUAAAAGAGAAGAAUGGAGAUGUUAUUGAGCUUAAAUAUCCUCUGAACUGUGCAGAUCCUACCUCUGAAAGGUGGUUUCAUGGACACCUCUCUGGGAAAGAAGCAGAGAAAUUACUAACGGAGAAAGGAAAACACGGUAGCUUUCUGGUACGAGAGAGCCAGAGUCACCCCGGAGAUUUUGUUCUUUCUGUCCGAACUGGUGAUGACAAAGGGGAGAGCAAUGAUGGCAAGUCAAAAGUGACCCACGUCAUGAUCCGCUGUCAGGAACUGAAAUAUGAUGUUGGUGGAGGAGAACGGUUUGACUCUUUGACAGAUCUUGUGGAGCAUUACAAGAAGAAUCCCAUGGUGGAAACACUGGGCACAGUACUACAACUCAAGCAGCCCCUCAACACAACACGUAUCAAUGCUGCUGAAAUAGAAAGCCGGGUUCGAGAGCUAAGCAAAUUAGCUGAGACCACAGAUAAAGUCAAACAAGGCUUUUGGGAAGAAUUUGAGACACUACAACAGCAGGAGUGCAAACUUCUCUACAGCCGAAAAGAGGGUCAGAGGCAAGAAAAUAAGAACAAAAAUAGAUAUAAAAACAUCCUGCCCUUUGAUCAUACCAGGGUUGUCCUACACGAUGGCGAUCCCAAUGAGCCCGUUUCAGAUUACAUCAAUGCAAAUAUUAUCAUGCCUGAGUUUGAAACCAAAUGCAACAAUUCAAAGCCCAAAAAGAGUUACAUUGCCACGCAAGGCUGCUUGCAAAACACGGUGAAUGACUUUUGGCGGAUGGUAUUUCAAGAGAACUCCCGAGUGAUUGUCAUGACAACGAAAGAAGUGGAAAGAGGAAAGAGUAAAUGUGUCAAAUACUGGCCCGACGAGUAUGCUCUGAAAGAAUAUGGGGUCAUGCGUGUUAGGAACGUCAAAGAAAGUGCUGCUCAUGACUAUACAUUAAGAGAACUUAAACUUUCAAAGGUUGGACAAGCUCUACUCCAGGGGAAUACAGAGAGAACCGUGUGGCAAUACCACUUUCGGACCUGGCCGGACCAUGGAGUGCCCAGUGACCCUGGAGGCGUGCUGGACUUCUUGGAGGAGGUCCACCAUAAGCAAGAAAGCAUUAUGGACGCAGGGCCUGUGGUCGUUCACUGCAGUGCUGGAAUCGGCCGGACAGGGACGUUCAUUGUGAUUGAUAUCCUUAUUGACAUCAUCAGAGAGAAAGGUGUCGACUGUGACAUUGAUGUUCCCAAAACCAUUCAGAUGGUGCGGUCUCAGAGGUCAGGGAUGGUCCAGACAGAAGCACAGUAUAGGUUCAUCUAUAUGGCUGUCCAGCAUUACAUCGAAACACUACAGCGCAGGAUUGAAGAAGAACAGAAAAGCAAGAGGAAAGGGCAUGAAUAUACAAAUAUUAAGUAUUCUCUAACGGACCAGACAAGUGGAGAUCAGAGUCCCCUCCCGCCUUGUACCCCAACACCAUCUUGUGCAGAAAUGAGAGAAGAUAAUGCUAGAGUCUAUGAAAAUGUGGGUCUGAUGCAGCAGCAGAAAAGUUUCAGAUGAGAACACCCAGCAAGACUUUAGCACAGACACAGAUGUGGACCUUUACCCUCUCCCUGAAAAGAUCAAGAACAGAUGAAAGAAAGUACAUGCGAAGAAUGAAUUUGAAUUUGGAAGGCUUGUGUUGUGGUUGACUACCUUUGGAUAAGCAAAAUUCAGAACCAUUUAAAGACCACUAUAUUCUAACUCGACAAUACCUGAUUACCAAUUACUCAUUUCCUCAGAUAAGAAGAAAUCAUCUCUACAAUGUAGACAGUGUUAUAUUUUAUAGAAUUUUAUUUUAAAUUGAGGAAGCCGUUAAUUGUGCUCUAUAUUUUAAUGAUGACGGUGAUUCAGAUUCUACUUAUUGGCAUUUUCUUUUCUUUUUAUGACCUUAAAAAUUCAAUUAUUUUUCUCUUCGUGAGGGAUGACAGGGCUUUUAUAAGAGGAAAAACGUUUUGGGAAAGGUGACAACAUCCUGUGGCAGUGAGAACAGUUUCACUUAUCAUUGCUUAUCCAGUAGUGGGUAAUUCAUUUGAUGGCCUCUUUUUUUGGCUAAAUGAUAAUUAAGCCAGUGGCCCCAGACUGUCAGAAGUCAACUGUCUGCCUUUGCAUUGCCAUUAAAAAAUCAUGGGAAAAAAGAAUCAUGGAAACUUGGGAGAAAAGAUGUGUUUUUCUUCUUAGCAGAUGACCAGGCUGAGAAGGAUGUGGUGGGAAAAUGUUUGUCACGUUUUCUUUUCAUUUGAGUCAUUGUCUCGUAUUUAGGGGGGGAACAAAAAGCGCAUGUGUGGAUAACCAACCAGUGUCGUAGUUAUCAAUUGUUGGUGACAAACCACCCCAAAACGCAGCGGCUGAAACAAUACUUCUCUUGUUUGCCUCCUCCCUGUUCUUCAGUCUGGGCUGGGCUCCGCUGAGCUGUUCCUGUCCUCUCACUGGUGUUGCCCGUGUGGUCAGGGGUGGGUGGGUUUCUCUCUGCAGGUGCCCGGCCUUUCCUUCUGCGUGCGAUGGCUCCAAGUGGCCUCGCCAGUAGGGUAGCCGGCCGCCUACAUGCCGCUCAGAACUCCCAAGGGUAUCAAGCAGUAAUGGCCGGGCCUGCUUAAGACUUAAACCCAGAACUUCCACUGCCCUCUCGUGAUUAAAGCAUCCCAGGGCCAGCUCAGAUUCGGGAAGGGGGAUGGCACCAGGGCAUGGAGCGGAGAGGUGUGAUCCACGGGGGGCCCCCAGAGUAAUGGGCUGUCAGAAGCAGUGCCACACGACAACAGCAAUGGUUAGAAGGAGAAGCUGCUCAUGACCUUGGGAAGUGGAAGCUGCUUGCGAUUGCUGGUGUAAGCUGGAAGUCAGACUGACAAAUAGAGGGCCUUCUAGAAGCUUCCACUUCUGCUGGCUCUGAGCAUAUUUUCUGAACCAGCACUUUGGGAAACUGGUCCCUAAGGAGGGCUGGGUUGAGGGGGCAGGGCAUCUGAACGCAGAACCACCCCACCCCGAGGCUCUGGCUGAGGGCGGUGAAGGCGGUGCUUCCUCCCCCGCGCGCAGGCUCAGUCCGACGCCGAUGCCCCUCUGACUGAAUUAGCAGUGGCUCAUUUUUGUUCUAGUCAAGCAGUAGGAUUUGCUACCGUUCUUCCUGAAGUGCCUUCUCCAAAGACAUCCUCUUUGCCCUGUGUGUGGAAUCAUCCUUCGGUGAGUGUGUUUCAGUGAAAGAAUCACUGGUUGACUUUGUAAAGACGGUAAAGUGCCAUGGCGGCUUGGCCAUUAGGUUACGGUCUCCUUGCGCAGUCUUCUUGCUUUGGCUCCCGACGGGUCCAGCCCCUCAAGUGCUUCGGUUCUGAGGUCUUUAACUCCCGUGAAAUCUUGAGGUAGUUUGGGAACUGCCUCCGCCGCCAUUUUCACAGACAAAAUGCACAUUGACGCCCCCCCCAACACCCCCCCCAACCCAGUGAACCUAGAAUGGCUUUAGAACACUGGUGUGGCCCAAAGGUAAUCACCUUCUAAGGGGAAUGUCAGUGACUACUGUCUUCUUGUCAAGCCUGUAAAGCAAGAGAUUCCAGUUCAGUAUUUGCAACAAGGGUCUUGAAUCCUACUCCUUUUAUUGCAUUGUCGCAUUGAAUUCUCCUCCUUUGCCUUGAUUUUGUGCUAUAAUUGAGACUCUGGACUUUGAGGGCAAAGUCUUUCACCAGCAUACAAGGGUUCGAUUGUACAAAUUUACCUGCUGCAUUAAUGUCUCUGCCUGUAGCUUAAGAUGGAGUUGUUCCGUGCUCAGAACAGAAUCGCCUGAUCUAGGCUAGCUUUGCUUGUUACAGGACAUUGAUUUCAUUUAGAUUUCCCUCCACGAAGUCAGCCAGCUAUCAUGUUAUGUAAACCUCUGCCAAGACAAGAUUGUCAUAGUCCCUAGGUUGCUCAGGUUUGUCAUGUGUCCGGUGAAAAGGGGAUUGCAGGUUCUCAGAUGAGAUUCCUCUCCACGAGAUGGAAUUGGGGAGAGGGGCGAUGAAAAUGUGGGGAGCUGGAGGUGCAGGUGUUAAAAGUUGUGGAAAUGGAAGUUCCAAAGAGGUGGUUUGUGAGGAGGUCAGAGGUGUGGGGCCUGCGCGGUCAGAACUUGUAUAAGUUGAUCAGGUUACCUGGCAAGUAGGUGUGAUAGAUACAGGGAUGAAGUCUGCUCCUGGAUUGCUGGUAGACAUUAAAUUUGCACAAUAUCCUGUAGCUGGUUGAGUAUUUUAAAAUGAUAUUCAUAGGGUUUUUGUAUUUGGGGUGAAGAAAUUAUCUGACACAUGGUAUUGGGGUUUCUUU